UACAGCAGCAUAUGUGAAACCAUCCAUGCCAGAAGUUUACAUGCAGGGACCAAAAUGCAGUCAAGACACUGGUGGAACCACGGAGAAGGACAGAGCUCUGCUUCAUUUACACACAACAUCAACUGGAAACAUGAUACUCAGACUUUCAUUCUUGUUGGCUAUGUUAUAUCAUGGAUAUCUCAGUGACCUAGAGGAUUCCAACAUUUUCCCAAAGCUAGUAGCAUAUCCUGACUACCAUGGUUAUGUAAUUGGGGAAACUAUUUCAUUGACAUGCUUGGUUUCUGAAGAAAGCAGAAAUGAUUCAUCUGUAUUUUAUAAGGACUCUGCCAUCAUCUCACAAAAUAAUUCAUCAUAUAUCAUAUCAAGACUGGACAACUCACAUGUAGGGAUUUAUAUGUGUGAAACAAGGGGUAGAAAAAGUAACGAGAAAGCAAUCCAUGUGUAUGAGCCUCUACCUCCGCCAUUGAUUUCAUCAGAGCAGCCAAAUAUCCCAGGAAUGCCUGUUACUAUGAAAUGUUCUACUCCUGGCCUCUCUGAAUGGAAACAGAUUACAUUUUAUAGAAAUGGAAUGGAAAUCUUUAUGGCAACAUCCUUUUUAAAAAUGGUAAUCAAUGAGAUAAGCAUCUCUAUCCAAAGGACUGAUGCUGUAUAUUUCUGUAGCUAUCAAGUACAAAAACUUGGAAGGCUGAUAGAUUCAAAGCCAAGUAAAAAUUUGCACGUGAGCAUAUUAGACUUUACAGAGGAAAGCCCAUCCACAGUUUCAAACAUGCCAACAUAUCAAACAGACAGAGAAGUUAUCACAAAGACACCAAGUGAUACCACAGAAUAUUCAACUUUAUCUUCAGCCUCACAGAUGACUACAGAGCACACAGGUGAAAAAUAUUCAACUUCAUCUUCAGCCUCACAGAUGACUACAGAGCACACAGGUGAAAAUACAUCAACCAUUCAGAGUUAUACAUUAUUACAAUGGACAUACCAAACCAACUGUAUCAAUUCUUCUUCUAGCGAUAACGAUGUGUCACUUACAUGGAUUUAUUACUGCGUUGGCGGCCUGCUCAGUACAUUAGUGGUGGUUCUGCUGAUCUUCCUCUUAUGCAGAUUUUGCUUACCAAUGAAGCGGAAGAAGAACAGACCCAUGAAAACAUCAUUUUGGAUGAAUUAUAGCACCCGUAGGAAAUCGAUCAUCUAUGAGAAAGAGCAAAACCUGUAUCACCAACCUGAUCAAUGUACAUCCUUCAUGAAUUCAUCAUCUUCACUGAAACCUUCAAAUAAUCAGGGGGCAUUUGGUCAUGGUGUAGACCUAGGCUCAAAUAUCUAUGAUGUUGUGCAGGAACCUGCUCCUAUUAGUUCAACAUAUGUUACACUAGAUCCUCCAAAAAAUGUAUAG